AUCAAUAAUGGAUGCUAAUUAUUAUACAUCAGUAUACCAUAUAAAGAGGCUUCAGCUUGAGCCGUUCCAGACCGCAAACACAUCGCCAUUGCCCCUUUGUCAACGUUCAAGAGACAAUAUUUGGUUAACAAUUUUUAGCACGAACUUGUCUUGGCCACCAAAAACCCGGCAGCAUAUCAGCGAAACACUGCCUUCAACAAACUAGACAAAGCUCAACCGCGAGCCACUCUCUUCAAUCAGCGCCGCCAGCCUCUCGUCGCUCUUUGGUUAUCAGCCGAGUCGCGUUCAGUUGAUAAGCAGCCGCUCAUAGUUGGACCGGAACAUUUCCUCUCCGACACUUCAGUGGAAUGGAUCAUCUCCGGAUACUGCUGAUUGCCAUCUCUCUGGCCGUCGUGCAGGGCUAUGGAGCUGGCAUACCCGGCACGGGAGGAUCCCGACCCGUGCGCACCGUUGAGACCUUGACGCAGUGGCGGCAGCUGGAGUAUGGUUUCCCCACAGCGCAGGAUCGUGAGAAUGCCCAGGCAGCUGGAAAUUUGGUGCCGGAGAACGGCACGCCCAUCGAUGUGCAGGCCCAAUACCAGCAGAAUGGCCAAACUAGGGUCUUCACCACCAUACCACGUUUUGCAACUGGCAUACCCUACACCCUGGCUAUCGUUACCGAGACGCAGGCCAGGAAUGGCCCGUUGCUGCAGCCAUAUCCCAGCUACUCCUGGCACAAUGCCAACGGCGAAAACUGCGACAAGAUCACCUCCGCCUUUCGAGUGGCCAUUACGGAAUGCAACCAAAUGUGGGUCAUCGAUUCGGGUGUCAUUGGCACUACUCAGCACUGUCCGCCGCAGCUGCUCCAGUUUGAUCUUAGCACCGAUCGGCUGCUGCAUCGCUACAGGUUCCCGAACAACACCUACAUUCCUAGUGGCUCGCUCUUCAUCACCCCAAAUGUGCUGGUCCAGGAUCCCCCACCCAGGGGAAGCUGCAGUCGCACCAUGAUCUAUGUGGCCGACGUGAGCUACCACGGUCUGGUGGUGUACGAUCACCAGGCGCAGACGUCUUGGCGUGCCGAGAACCGCUUCAUGUACCCUGAUCCCGACUACGGCCAACACACCAUUGCCGGAACGAGCUUUAUUCUGAUGGACGGCAUGUUUGCCCUAAACAACGAUAAGCGUAAUCUGUACUUCCACCCGCUGGCCAGUGUGAGUGAGUACUCCGUGCCACUGAGUGCCCUGAACAGGCAGGAGAAUUGGGCCAAUGGUCCAGAAGCGGUGCCUGAGCAGUUCACCCUUUUGGGCAGGCGGAAGAGCGAGUGUGCUGCCUCCGCCAUCGAUAGCCGGAACAAUGUCUACUGUGUCACCUUCAAUCCCAUCAAGCUAUUCGUGUGGAAUGUGAAUACGCCGUAUGCCUCGCGCAGCUUUGGCACCUUGCCAGCCAAGUCCGAUGAGCUGCAGUUCGUCAGCGGCAUGAAAAUAGUCCGGAACGCCAGCGGACAAGAAGAACUAUGGCUGCUCUCCAACCGGUAUCAGAAAAUCGCCGCUGGCACUUUGAAAUCGGACGAGGUGAAUUUCCGCAUUUUGCGACGCAAGCUUGACGAUGUACAGGGCGGUGUUUUUUUUGCCAACGACGAUGACCUAACCAAUCGUCUAGUGUUUAACUAAGUAAUUAACUAAGCUAAACUGAUAUCUAAAUUUGUAAAUAUUAACUCAGUUCAAGCGGCGGAGAAAGGGCUUUCGUCUGGGGAACUUUAUCGCGAUAAGUUCUAAUAGGAAAGUGCUCUCAGAGAUGUAAGUUAGUAUGCAGAUUAAUGAAUCUAAUAAAAACUAGCACAGA